AAUAUAUGUAAAAAAUAAAAAAAUCUAGACUUCUAAUAAGUUUUUAUUUUGACGUGAUUUUUAUUCUUUUAAGUACAACGCCAUACUUAAAAACUCUGCCAAAGCUUGAAAUAUUUUUUAAAUCAUUUUUUUGUUAUAAAAAAAUUUUGAGAUAAUUUUUGUCAUGCCUACGGAAUGUGAGCGUUCACUAGCUGAACAACAGCAGGACUCGAUUCUAACACAAACACAACAAUUCAUACAACAAGAACAAAAGGAUUUCUGCAGUGACAUUAUGGAUGGCAAGGAAUCGUUCAAUGGUGAAAUGUCAACUUCACAAACAUCAACUACAUCAUCAAAUGGUCACAAUGGCAAUACAAAUGGUUUAGGCAAGAAAGUGGCCAUAACAUCACCAGAUCCUACUGCCUAUGUGGCUAAAGCUCGUGUUACGCGUCCAACACCGCCACCGCCGUCCUACAAUCCGAUGCAAUUCGUACAAAUAAAACCAUGUAAUUUAUAUCAAACAGCGCAACAACAGUUAAAGAAAGCCGAAGAAGUAAAAAAGAUAAAGGAAAUUAAGAAGGAGGAACCAGAAGAUUGGCAAAAUAAUCUUGACAAUUGGAAGUCAUCACGUAGAAAACGUGUUGAACAUAUCAUCGAUCGAGUUGUGGAAGUAAAGAAACUCGAAUUAGAAGAACAUGAUCGAACUCGACGAAAAUCGAAAACGUUUUCAGAAAUGAUUGAAGAAAGAAGUGACCGACCUGGCCGCACACGUGCCAAAUUAACAUCUCUAGCUGUUUACAAUGAGGAUGAAUCAAAUGAUUUCAGCGAUUUGGGCAUAGGAACAAGUAGUGCUAGUGGUAAAAGUAGCCUGUCUGAAGACUACGAUAAUAAUAGCGUUAUGAGUGACAACGCCGAACUAGAUAAGGCCAUAUUUGAAAAUAAUCACAAAUUAAACAGCACAACACGUGAAUACAUUUCUUCACCUGGUUACGAUACCUCAUCCAGCACAGCACCAGCAAGUUCACCAGAUCCAUGUGAGUACACCUAUGAAGGUGCAAUACAAGAUUACAAACAACGUGUCUCACGCGCCAUAUCCGGCACUGGUGUAAAUUAUAAGCUCAACAGUAAUAACAUCACAAAAGGAAUAUCAUCUGCAUCCAAGGAAUCAACACCCGAGCGCGGUAAUAACGGUUUACCAGAAACCUAUCCCACGAGACGUGGUAGUAAAAUUGAAGAUCGUCUUAUAGGUUUUGAGGUAACAUCGCCAAGUGAUAGCCAAGAAGGCGUUGAGAAGCAAAAAGUAGACUUACCAAAAAUUGACAUUUCGAAACGUAAAGAAAUUUUCGAAAACCAACAAAAUACAAAUACAGAACCAAAGUUACUGGCUAAUGCAGUCGGUGUACCCAAGGUAACCUUACGUGAUCGUUUUAAAGUUGAAUCGAACGAAAGUGUAAACAACGACAUUCAAGGGCAGGUGAAGAAAGAAGUUAAACGCAUGUCAGGUGAUAUAACGAGCAUAAGAGAUCGUCUACAAAGCUUAGAACAGCAACAGAAUAUAGUCAAUUCAACAAAUGGUGCCACCAAAAACGUUGCAUCGAAAUUAGUUGAUAUACCAGUGCCACCAUUGAAGGAACGUUUAUCUAGUUUGCAAAAUGCUGUUACCAAAGAAGAGCUCAAAAAACCACCAGUAGCACUUGUCGAUGCUAGGCAACUUGAAAUUAUGAAAAACGAAGAAGAAACAGCUAAACAACGCAUGAAGCAAUUAGAGAUAUCUAACUGCCUAACUACUAUCACAGAUGCUAUGUCAACCAAAAUAGUUGAGUGCCCAACUAUAUCAAUACAGAGUGAUGUGGAAGUAGAUCGCGAUGAUAGCGGCAUACAUACAUCGGAUGAUAUUGAUGGUGAAGAGCGUAUUGCCGAGCAACUGAAACGUGAACAGGAACAACAAUUGAAUGACGCUAUAGCUGCACUAGCACUGGAAGAAAAACAACUUGAGGAGGCAGCAAAUGCUGUAAAUCAAAUUGAGGCAGAAUUUGCUGAGCUUACAUCAAAUCCUUCUCCGUUGCCUUCAUUGGGUUCAGUAACAAACGAGCAACCAUGUGAAAUGGAAUUUAGUAUCAACGAAGCUCUUGAAUUAGCGCUGGAAGCAAUUGACAAAGAGACGAGUUCCAUAAAUAAUCAAAUCCAAAAAACCAAUACAAAUUUAAUUGACAAAAAUGACCAUGUCGAAGAAAUAACAGCCGAUGAUGUUACCAAUGCCGCCGCCAGCAAUAAACGCAACCACCACAACCACAACAACAGCCACAACAACAACACUAACAGCAACAACAUUGCCGCAUCAAAUCCCAAUGAAACUGCCAACAAAACCGAUGAGGAAAAAGAACUGAAAUCGAAAUUAAAUAAAAACAUCAUUGACAACAACACCAACACCAACAGCAACAGCAACUUUGAUGACUACGACAACUUACACAACAAUCGCCUACAGGACUACCAAAAUGCGGUCGAGCAGCAUGUGGCGGCAACGGCAGCGGACAACGAAAUUGAAACAAUCAUUUCGCAAGAACCCAUCUAUGAGAAUGUUUCGGCAACGUCUAUGCUUGAGUUAGACGUUGAGGCAAAUCAAAUCAUUCCAAAAUCAAACAUAACGCAUAUAAACAAUAAACAAUUAAAUAUAAAUAUCAAUAAUAAUAAUAAUAAUGAAUUUAUUAUAAAUAACAACAACAGUAAUAAAACUAACAACAACAAUAUUAAUAAUAUUAACAACAAUAAUUUAGUUGACUUAACAAAUGCUUUUGCUAAUACAACAAUAACAACAACGGCAACAGCAACUACAACAAAAAUAAAUAAAAUUGAUGCAACAACAUUUAAAGAAAUUACAACAAAAACCACAACAACAGUACUAAAAACAGUUGGCGACGACGAGCAACAACAACUACAACAAGUACAGCAACAACAAACAACAAUCGAACAACUCCAACAACAACAACAACAAACAUCAAUCGAACAACACAACAACAAUCCAAAAAUUUUAGAUCCAAGCAAUAAUACACCUGAACCCUACUAUCAAGUACCAAAAUCUAUAGAACCCUAUUACGAUGCGCCAAAACAUUUGCGGCCAGUACCAGUUUAUGAAAAUAUCGAAGUCUUCUAUACCGGUUUAGAGAACUCUAGUUUAGCUACAUCAUCAAAUGAUGUAGGCUUUAAAAUGGAACCACCUAAAGAGAAACCACCACCACCACCUACCGAAAGUCCACCACUAUUUGAUGAGAUCGAUUGUGCAGACAACACGUCUUGGUCUUUAGAUAAUACAUAUGAGACGAUAUCAUCACGUCUACCAAUGAAUGGUUUGGCUGUAGAACAUCCCUCACCGCCUAUUAAACGCAUGAAUUCCACAAAACGCAUUAAGAAAGAAUUACGCAAUAAACGUUCCAGUUUUCUUGGUAUUGAAGGUUCACUCGACGAUGAUGAAACUUAUUUGGAGUUAACUGUAGCACCACCACCAGAUAUGGCACAACUGUUACAAGAAGAACGUCGUUUAGAGAAACAGCUCUAUCUGAAAGCCGGUCUAUGCGAUAGCUCAGAUACAGGAGAGAGUCGCGAUUCAGGUGUUUCUGAAAAUCAUUCACGUCAGAGCAGCGAACAUUACACGAACUCUUCUGAAGAAAACGAUCGUCAAAUUGAUUCUCCGCAUAGCCUCAAACAAAAUGAAGUGAUUUAUCAAAACGAAACGCUACUAGCGGUCGCACAAACACCACUACUACAAACAGCCAAAGGUAAUUCAGCCGAAUCAUGGACAGAAUCCGCCACAGCAGCGGCAGCUGCCACAAAAUCUCUAACGGAGGCCACAGCUACAGCAAAUGCCAAAAUGCUCUCAAUUGAAGAAAAGAUCCGCGAGCAGGAAGAAGUCUUGCGAGUAGAAAGAGAGCUAUUACAACUGGAGCAAGAAGAACUGAAACGUCAACGUGAAAAUCUUGUAUUGCGAGAAAACAUGGCACGACGAGAAUUACAACAUGGCGCCAAAAUGUUACUCUCCGCUAACAGACACUCAUUGCAGGAUUUAAAUGGAGUGGGAUUAAGCAUUUCUGUGCCCACAAAUGGCAGCGCAUUCCAACCGACAAUAAUACCACAUACUUUAAAUCAGCAGCAACAACAACAAUUGCAGGCAACACAACUCACACAGCAACAGCAACAACAACAGCAAAUCUAUGCCAAUGUGCCAAAUUUACAACAGCAAUACUAUCAAGUCGAAACGGAUUAUCGUAAAUCCAUGUCGGAUUUAAACGAAUUUUCCAAACGUCUCAUGUUACCACCAAUGCCACCAACGAAGCCAAUGCGUGCCGUGCAUGUAGCAACGAAUGGUUAUGAUGACUUUGUGCGACAACGUCACUCGUUGAAUACACAAAGCUAUGGUGGCUCAUUGGUUAAAAUUGCUACACCCACAGCAGCACCACGAGGUCAAAUUUAUACUAAUUACCAACAUCAGUCAGCACAAAAUCUCGCUAAUCUGAACAAUGCUAAUCAGAACAAUCAAAACUUCAAUGCGAGCACCAACGGCCAUGUACAUCACAGCAAUAUGUCGCGUAAUACCUUACAUGCGCUAAGCGCAACGCCAAAACCAAAAUACACAGAUGGUUGGGUGCAGGUGCAGAAUCGUAAAUCGUAUGAUUCAAAUUUAGCCAAUGACCCUGCAUGGCUAUCGGCGUAUCAGCAGAAAAGAAAAUCCAUGCCAGAUGCCUAUCAUGCUUACAACAACCAUUGGUUGAUACAAGAAGCCGAGCAGCGACGUGUAGCGGAACAACAACAACGACGUGCAGUACCGACCAGCAAUACAACGUCAUUACAACAACAUAACGGCAGUACAAAAGGUACCUCAAAUAAUAAUAAUGGCAAACCACUGCCCGACUCAAUUAUACAAUCGUUAACAGAACGAGUGCAGAGCAAAGGCAUCGGUGAACGUAAGAGGCUUGAGAUUUAUAAUAGCAAUAACAUUGAUAAAACUUCAUUACAUGCAGCCUCUUAUCAACAACAACAACAACAUCAUAAAAUUCACCAACAGCAACAGUAUAAAACAACAGCUACACAUCGCAUAACGAGUGAUGUGAAUUCAACAACACAAAUGCAAGUCACCACAAACACUUCAACAACGUCCCAGCCAACAAACUCAACACAAGACAAAGUGCUUAGCGUUAGUGGCAAGAAGAAGUGUUCACACUGUGGUGAUGAACUAGGUCGUGGCGCUGCAAUGAUAAUCGAGUCCUUGUUGCUGUUCUACCACAUAAAUUGCUUUAAAUGCUGUGUGUGCCAUGUCCAGCUUGGUGAUGGUCUCAAUGGUACCGAUGUACGAGUGCGCAAUCAUAAACUACACUGCCAAAACUGUUAUUCCAGUGACGAUGGUAUAAAAUUUAGCUGCGUGUAAAAAAUAUUUAAUACCUUUAAUAUAUGGAUAAAAAAACAAUAUUGAGCUAAGAUCACACUUGCUGAAACGGAUUUUAUCAAACAAUCGAAGUCGUCUAAGUAGUUGUUGCAAUUUUAGGUUUCUUUUAUUUUUUAGAUAUUGACAUACAUUAUAUAAAUAUUCAAACAGUUUUUAAAGAGUUUAUAGGCGCUUAUCAUAUCAAAAUUUUAUAGCUAAAAAUU